AUGGAACAAUCUCAGGAUUACAAAAGCGAGAAGAAUAUAAAUCUUCAAUUAUCCGAUAAAAUAGAUUUCGACUGUUUUAUAUGUGAGGGUAUAAGAUAUCUAGGUAUGAUAAAUAAUAUGAUCAGUUGGAUCACGCCAAAUAGCACAAAGAAUAUGAUUUUACGAAAAACUUUAAACGUUUUCGGAAAGGUGCAAUUUCAAUAUAAAAGGAUGUUACGUUUGCGCGAUCUACUUCUUAGUGGAAUAAUAGAGAAUGGUAUUCGAGAAGAUUUUAUCAUUUGUAUUGACAACGUAAUUCAAGAAAACAAUGAGCUCGAGAUGGAUGAUGACAACGAGUACGAAGUAAACGAGUACGAACUAAUUGACUUUUAUGAUUGGCAAAACGAGAAGAAAACACGCACUAAAUUGUUGAAGAUGAUUUACUUAUCAAUUGACAAGAUUUAUUAUGCAAUUCUUAAGAGGUAUUUAACACUGCAUUCCAUGAUAAAGAAGUAUUGCGAGAGAGCGACACAAUUUUUGUGCAGUAAUAGGAAAAUUCUGAAGUUCAGUAACUUUGAUCAUCAGGAGAUGUUUUGCUGCAAAUAUCAUUUCUUAAAACAAUUAAUUGGUUACCUCCAUCACAUCUUAUAA